CAGAGACCACCGCCUCGCCAUUGUCUCCCGGACAGCAACUUUAUUAUAAACACGCCGAGAACCGCCCGGGCGCAGCAGAGCACCGGCACACCGGCACCGGACGCACACACGGCCGCUUGAGAGACUCUGGAUACUGCCACUGAGAGCAAAACAACCUGCAGUUCUGCUGGAAUUGAGAGGUACACUGGACUCAUAACGGACACCGUUCACAGAACCCACCUGCGCGUCAUUCCGUCGCGUUACCGCACCGCUGACAGCAGCCCGAAUCCGGAGCACCUGCGUCUCCAUCCGCCCUCCACAUGUACAAAAUGGAUUACUCGUAUCUGAACACGUAUGACUCGUGCAUGGCGGCGAUGGAGGCGUCGGCGUACGCGGACUUUAACUCGUGCAGUCAGGCCAACACCUUCCAGUACAACCCGAUCCGGAGCAGCUUCGCGUCCAACCCGGGAUGCGCGCCGCUCGCUUCGGCCAGCUGCACUCUGGGCGCGCUGAGAGAACACCAGCCUGCGCCUUAUUCCACAGUUCCGUACAAGUUCUUCUCGGAUCCGUCCGGUCUGAACGAGAAACGGAAGCAGCGGCGGAUCCGCACGACGUUCACGAGCUCUCAGCUGAAGGAGCUCGAGCGGGUGUUCGCGGAGACUCAUUACCCGGAUAUUUACACCCGGGAAGAGCUCGCGCUGAAGAUCGACCUCACCGAGGCCAGAGUACAGGUGUGGUUCCAGAACAGACGGGCCAAAUUCCGUAAACAGGAACGUGCCGCCAACUCUAAAGGAGGAAACGCUGGCAACACCUCUGGCGGCAAGAAAUCUGGAGAGAACCGCUCUUCAUCAGAGGAUGAUGAGUCUAAAGAGUCCACCUGCAGCCCGACGCCCGACAGCACGGCAUCUCUGCCCAGUUCUGGAAACAUGGGUAGUCCCGGGGCGAGCAGCCUCAGUCCCAGCCCGGUCUCGGGGUCUUCGGCCACCUUCACCAACACCUCCAUCUCGCCCUCCAUCCAUCAGGGUCUCAAGACUUCGCCGUGGCCCAGCAUCGGCUCCACCGGAGCGGGCGGUCUGACCCCUGGUGCCGCCCCGAGCCCGGACCUGCUGAAAGCCUGGCAGCCUGUGGACAGUAUGGCGUCCGGCCCGUUUGCAGGUGUUCUGUCUUCAUUCCACAGGAAACCGAACACAAUCAAGACCAACCUCUUCUAGACACUCGCUCUCAGUGUGUAUCUGUCACAACAUUUACUAGUGAAACAAUUUUCUCUCUUAGUUUGCUUAGAGCUGGACUCCUUUUAAUUUAUUGACAUACUGUGUGUGUGUGUGUGUGUAUGUGCAUGUGUAUGCAUGUGUUUGUGUGUAUGUGUUUGAGUGUGUGUGUAUGUGUAUAUAUAUGUAUGUGCGUGCAUGUAUGUGUGAGUGUGUGUGUAUAUGGGUGUGUAUAUUUGUGUGUGUGUAUGUCUGAGUGUGUGUGUAUGUGUAUAUAUAUGUAUGUGCGUGUGAGUGUGCGUGUGUGUGUGUGUGUGCGUGUAUGUGUGAGUGUGUGUGUAUGUGUAUAUGUGUGUGUGUAUAUGUGUGUAUGUCUGUGUGAGUGUGUGUAUAUGUGUGUGUAUGUAUGUGUGAGUGUGUGUGCGUGUAUGUGUGUAUAUGUGUGUGUGAGUGUGUGUAUGUGUAUAUGUGUGUGUGUGUGUGUGUGUGUGUGUAUAUAUGUAUAUGUGUGUCUACUGCCCAUUUCAUCAUGUUAUUUGUGUUUAUCAGGUCUGAUUCCUUCAGAUGUAAUUGGCUGACACACCUGCACAGCAAAGUAUUUAUUCCAAUAAAGGAAUAUUCCGGGUUCAAAACAUGUUAAGCUCAAUUUGUGGCAUAAUGUUGAUUACCACAAAAACAAUGGAAGUGAAUGCAGCCAAUGUGUAAACGUUUCAAAAGUAUAGACACAAGACAUAAACAAUGUGUGUUAACAUGAUUUUACUGUGAAUCAAUUUUACAACUUCGUAAACCCUAAAACAAUAGUAAAAAUGACAAUUUACAGCUCAAAUAAUACACAAGUUUUAACAGAAGAAUUAAUGUAAGUGCUUUUAUAAAAUUAUAAGCUUCACAUUUCUGCCUUUAAAUCCUCCAAAAAUUGCCCCCAUUGACUUCCAUUGUAAGUGUCUCACUGUAACACACAUUUGUGCUUUUAUUAAUGAAAAGGAGGAACAAGUCAAAAAGUCUAAACACUGGACAGUUUGUGAAGUUAAAGACCGCCUUAUAAAUGUAUAUCAACAAAGCUUCCAUUAAAUUGUCAUUUCAGUUCAUCUUAAAUGAAGCUAAUUUAAGCAGAAAUAUUUCUGGCUGUUUAGUCCAGAAAAGCUUUAGUACGUUUUUUUUCAGGAUGUGACAUUUUCUCAUGAAAACCUUUCAGAGGGACACUAAAUUAUAAUCCCACAACACACCACCCGUAACAUUUAGAAUAGUGGUCGAAUAAUAUAUUUUUGUCCUUUUAGCUGUCAUAUGGAGACACUUUACACCAUCCGACUGAUUCCCAAUUGAUCAAACUGAAUAUCCUGUUUCACUCGGAAAUAUGUCACAUUACAGAAGCAAACAAAAUCCAUUCAUGCUGAUUUUAAGAUGAUUUUCACUGGAUAGAAGCAUCAGUCUCAGACCUUCAAACAGCUUGUGUGUGUCUGUGUGUGUUUGUAUGUGUGACCCCCCCAAAAACAAGCAUAGUUAAACCACUUCAAGUUAAAGAAAAAAAAAUGUUGGGAUUGUCAGAUGAUUUUUUAAAGCUAGCAUUUUAAAAUAUUGAAACAUGAAAGUGUUUUGUAAAUAAUAAUAUAAAUAUGCUGUAGUUUCUUGGCUUCAAUGCACGCCAUGUUUCAUGAACAAUUCUGCUGUGUAUAUAAACCAUAAAAAAUUAAAUAAAGAUCAAUAAAAUGAAGCUCAGUCUGAUUCAGAUCAACACUUGAAGAGGUUCUACACACGUAUGAAAGAACAGAAUAUUUCAGCAUUGGUUGUAAUUAGAAAUUCUUACCAAAGUAACAAUUUGUGUUUGUGUGUUUUUACUUUUAUGACUGGAACAAAACAGUUGACAAGAAUACAUUUGUUAGGUUUUAACCCUUUAAACUCUGAAGGUGUUUUUAAAGAUUUCCUGUUUCAGUGGCAUACCCAGAUUAACUCUGUGUCCUCACAUCACCUCAGGCUCAGACUGAGAAUUUACUUCAGGUAAUCUGAACAUCUGAUAACAGAAACUAUUACAUUACAUCGAUAAAGCUGCGUGAUCAUAUGUGAAAUGAUCCAGGUGUCUUGCCGAAGAGCUCGCGUUUACAGUUGAUGAGACACAUAUUGAGAGAAAACAACCUCAUAACCUCCCACAUAAGCGCUCAACAGGUGCAUAAUUAGCAUGGGGAUCCACAAGCACGUGACAGAUUUACAAAUACAUAUAUACAUCAACAAAUGCACACAAGAGAUCCUCACACGCUCAGUAGACAAAUCCACAAACCAGAAGAAUGUACAAAUAUACUUCAGUCAUGAGUCACAAUACAAUACACAAAUAAAUUGCAAUAUGUGUAAUUUAGUGCACAAAUAAAUGCCGUUUGUACACACACAUGAGUGCUUCAUCAUAUGUAAUUCAUGACUGCUGUUCAGUGACCUUUCACCCCCUCCACCCCAUUUCCACCACUGCUUAUAACAAAAAAAAAAAAGGGGGAUCAAGUGUUUGAUAUCAUUAAAGAAAACUUUUCAAAUGUUUUAAUGAUAUAGAUUAUGAUACAUCCUGAGACUCUCAGUCUAAGAAAUUGCUGAAAAAAAAUCACAAAAAAUUUAGCCAAAAAUGUACUUUUCUUGUUUUUCUGAUUUUACAUUAUAUAUCUCUGGGUGUUAUAAAGGUGGCUCUGAAAAACUGCGUUUGUUUUGUUCCCAAUCAUGUCAAAUCUAUCUGAGAAAAAUGUUUGUGUUGAUAUGACAAAGCAAUCAAAAGUUAUAACAUUACAAAAAUAAUUUAUCAUAGUGUCCAAAAACAUCUCCAAACAAAUAAAACAUAAUAAUUGUACAUAAGAACUAAUUACACAUGCAAACACAACAAUGACUAAAGGUUUGCAUAGCAUGCAGACAUGAUUUUAGUCAUGAGAUUUCACAGAAUGAGUUUCAUUCUGUGUCAUUUGAGUCAUCAUUGAGUCUGUGUCAUGUAUUUGGCGCCAUCUCCUGGUGGUCAUAUGUAACAUUGUGCUUCAUGUGGAUUAUCUAAUGAUCUAUGCAUCUGAUUAUCUUGUGUGUGGACUCGUUUGAAAGAUAAUCACCUCCUCUAAGUAAUGAUAUGUGAGAUUUUAUGUUCCGUUUAUUUUUCGUGAAGUUAUAAGUGAAAACGUGGCAUAUAAGCAACUCCAACAUAAUUGUCAAAGACAUAUACUUAGCUAUUACUCUCUAUAUUUUUGUCUGUGAGUAAAACAAAUAGGCUGGUUGUAUUUUACUCUUUGAGAACUUUCCAACAACAUAUGACACAUGACUAUUUGAUCAGUUUGUUGUUUUUACUGAUGCAAUAAUAUGUACAGUGCGAUUGUUUUUAUUUAUAUUUUUUAUAAAUGAUCAAAACGGAACACUUCUGAUUUAUCUGCAAAUUUCAAAGCACUUGUUCAGUUUUGGUCAUAAUGUCUACAUGCAUUGGAAAGUAGAGCUUCUAAACUUUCAAACGAUACCUAUUUUGUGCUGGUCAAGACUGUAGUUAUUAAUAUAUUGACAAUUAUUUUUAUUGUAUUUUUUUGCACAGUGGGCUCAUCUGAGCUUAAAGGGUUAAACGAUAAUAGAUCUGGUGUUGUUAAUAAAGACACUGUGUUUGUCAGUGUGUUGAACUCUGAACUGACUUCAUGCAUCCACUAAAAAUCACCAGUUCAUUUAGUCAUUGAGCAAAAAUGAGUUCUGACAAAAGAUCCAGCAGCAUUAGAGAUGCUUUACAUUAAUAUACAUGUAUAUAAUUCCAUUUGGGAUGCAUUUUCCCUUACAGGACGUGAGGACAUGAUAUGACAUUAGAUUUUAGUUUUUAUUAUGUGAAAAAAACAAAACAUAAAUAGGACAGUCAAACACAUAUAUUAACUUAGAACAAAACAAGUUUAACAGUAAAAAUGCCAAAACGAUAUAAUGUAGCAAAUGAAGUUGAAACAUAAGACACAACAAAGGAUAUUUAGAAUAAUUCUGCUGAAACAUAUACAUGCAAAACAUCCCAUGCUGAUAUUAAAGACACUGUUAAAUAAACCCAACAGAGAUGGCGUUUAUUCCCUGGUAUUAUGAUUUCUAAAUAGUCAAAGCAAAGACAACAACAGAAAGAGUUUCGGUGUGUUUCAUUGAGUCAUUCAUGUGAAGAACGAGGUUUUAACUUUUCCCAAACUGAAAUUCAUCUAAACUCCCUGAUGCGCUCUUGUGAUGAAUUAACUUUGAGAAACGAAGGGUCAAAUUCAGCCUUAAUCUGUGAAAACUGCUAGAAUUGGGGUGAAUCUGUCAACAAUGGUUGUGAAAUCUGUGAUCCGUAUUUGAAUCUCAGAUCAGAGAAACUCUUUUCUUCCCUAUAUUCUCCUCCAGAGCUCUUAAAUACAGUAAACAUGGAGUUUGCAAACGCGUCUCCUGCUGGUGUUACACAGUAGUAUCUUAAAAGAGGAGUUCAGCCAUAAAUGAAAGUGCUGUCAUCUUUUACUCAUCCUCAUGUUGUUUUAAAUCUGUAUGACUUUGUCUUCUGUGAAACACAACAGGAGAAAAUAAGUAUUUGAGCUGCUCUUUUCCACACAAUGAAAGGACAAAGAGCACCAUAAAAAUAACCAUACAACUUAUGCGCUCUGUUGUACGGAAGCCCUGAAGGUGAAUAGUGCCUUCCUGAGCCUAUGUCCUACAAUUUUUUUUUUUUUCUCUCAGGCAAAAACAUUUUUUCUCUGCAUUUUCGUUUUUCCAUAUUUUUUCCCUAUGACAUUUUGUUUUCUCUGAAAUUAUUUUGACUGAAUUAUUUUUCUCUUUAGUUUAUUUUUCUCUGAAUUUUUCUUUCUCUUUGAAUUAUUUUUCUCUGAUUUUUUUUUCUGAUUUUUUCUCUCUGAAUUUUAUUUUCUCUUACAUUUUAUGUCUAAAAUUUUUUAGAUUUUUUUCUCUAAAUGUUUUUUCACUCUGAAUAUUUUUUCUUGUUACUUUUUUUUGUCUCUUAAUUUUUUUCACUGAAGUUUUCUUUCUCUUUAAAAUAAAAUUUAUUUGAAAAUUCUUUUCUCUCUUAGAAUUUCUUUCUUUGAAAUUAUUUUGUCAAAUUUUUUGUUUCUCUAGAUUUUUUCUCUGAUUUUUCUCCCUAAAUUGUUCUUUUUGAAUUUUUUUCUCUGAAAAUAUAUUUUUUUCUCUUUGAAAAUGAUUUUUUCUCUAAAAUGUUUCUUACGUGGCAACACAUUAGAAUUGUUUUUUUAUUCCUAGCUAACAA